AUGCCCAAAGAGCUGGUGACUCUUGGAGGUAUAAAAGCCCUGUCCAAAGACAUCAUUACUAACGAAGAACCACAGAGAUGUGAGGUGGGCUCAGUAGCCAACUUGUCCUUGGUGCCAUUCACAAGUGAUCUUGGCACUUGGUGCUUUUGCCCACGGGAUCAGCAAGGCACAGAACAUACAACAGUGCUGAGGAUGUUAGUAGAUCUUUUCACAAGAAUCAAGGGUAUGCUCCUCUUCUUGUUCAUUCCAUGCCUUUGUUCUGGUCAGGCCACACCUGCAUUGUUGCGUUUUUCCAGCUUUUUGGAUCCUUCCAACAUAGUCCACCUCCGCUGGGACCACAAUGAACAGGAGAUGAUAACUUUUGAGCUGCAGGUCCGUGCACCUGGCUGGGUGGCAUUUGGGUUCAGCCCGCAUGGAGAGUUACCUGGAUCUGACAUUGUAAUCGGAGGUGUCUUCCCAAAUGGCAGCAUAUAUUUCUCUGAUUGUCAUGUUGUAGAUGAGGCAACUGUUGACGCAGAUGAGAGCCAGGACUACCAACUGCUGUCACUGGCGCAGGAUGAGACUUUUACUACCAUGAUGUUCAAACGCCACCUCCUUACAUGUGACCUGAAUGACCUAGAUAUCACAUUCGCUGUUCCAGCUGAAGAAACUAAGUAUGCCUGUACCUUUAUACCACUGCCUAUGGUCAAGCAGAAACAUCACAUCUAUAAGUUUGAACCUGUAUUAACACCCCACAACAUAACUUUGGUUCAUCACAUCCUGGUUUAUGCCUGUGGCAGUGACAGUGUAAUACCCAGUGGCAUAGAUGAUUGCUAUGGAGUUGAUCCAGAUUUUGCCCUGUGCUCUCAGGUGCUUGUGGGCUGGGCUGUUGGGGGAGAGUCCUAUCGAUUUCCAGAUGAAACUGCACUCUCCAUAGGGACACCGUUGGAUCCUCAGUACAUCCGACUGGAAAUCCACUACAGCAAUUUCGACUUGUUACCAGGGUUGAUCGACAGCUCAGGGGUGCGAAUCUACUACACAUCGGAGCUGCGGAAAUAUGAUGCGGGGGUUCUGCAGACAGGCAUCUUCACUUUUCCUGUACAUUUCAUCCCUCCUGGAGCAGAAUCCUAUAGAUCUUAUGGCCUUUGCAAUACUAGCCAGUUUGAUGAAGUGAAUGGGACACCAGUUCCAGAGUUGCACGUAUUUGCAUACCUUCUUCACACACACCUGUCUGGUAGAGGAGUGAAAGUAGCCCAGUACCGGAAUGGUGAGCAGCUGCGCAUCAUCUGUGAGGACAAUAAGUAUGAUUUCACACUGCAGGAGGUUCGGGAUAUGAAGAAAAUCCUCACAAUCAAACCAGGGGAUGAGAUCCUGGUGGAAUGUAGCUUUCAGACACUGGAUCGGUCAGUGAUUACUUUUGGUGGGCUAAGUACCAUGAAUGAGAUGUGCCUCACGUUCCUCUUCUACUAUCCUCGUAACAACAUCUCCAGUUGUAUGGGCUACCCUGACAUUCUAUAUAUUGCCCACAUGCUCAAGCAGGAGGCCUCGGAGUGAGUUCUAAAAC